GCUCGGAACACACGCAGAAAGCAGCAAAGCAUAAAUAGAGAGAAGGGACAAAACUGAAUGUCCCCCCGCAGAAGGCAGCGUCGCAGCAGGCCCAGGGGGUCGCUCUGCGCCGUGACAGGGAUUUGCAGCAAAAACAUCUGCUGAAAAGUCCGUAGGUUUCCAGCACAUGUCAGGAUCUCACUGACGGGUUGUGUUCUGGCUGCACCAUGAUCUCUGCUGUCCUUCUCCUCUGGACUGUGCCAUGCGUGGCCAACCACAUCCUCAGCGGCUUCGCCAAGGGCGGGCUGCAAGAAGGGCCCCAGCAGCUGGCGUGCAGCGUGCCAGGACCCCCCGGCCCCCCUGGCCCUCCCGGAGCCCCCGGCUCUCCGGGGACCGUCGGCAGAAUGGGCUUCCCUGGCAAAGAUGGCAAAGACGGCAAGGACGGGGACAAGGGAGAGCAUGGGGAUGAAGGCCCACAAGGCAGAACAGGAAACCCAGGCAAGCCCGGGCAGAAGGGGAAAGCAGGAGCUGUUGGCAAAGCAGGUCCACGAGGGCCAAAGGGCCUAAAGGGUAAUCCUGGAAAACAUGGAGCACCAGGGAAGAAGGGCCCCAAAGGGAACAAGGGCGAGACAGGGAUGCCAGGUCCCUGCACCUGCAAUGCCAGAGCAGCCAAAUCUGCCUUCUCUGUGGCUGUCUCAAAAAGUUACCCAAGAGAAAGACUACCCAUCAAAUUUGACAGGAUCCUGAUGAACGAGGGAGGACAUUACAAUGCUUCCAGCGGGAAAUUUAUAUGCAGCAUUCCAGGUAUCUACUACUUCACGUAUGAUAUCACUUUGGCCAACAAACAUCUGGCCAUUGGCUUGGUCCACAACGGUCAGUACCGGAUCAAGACCUUUGAUGCCAACACUGGUAACCACGACGUUGCCUCGGGAUCAACUAUUCUUUCUCUGAAGGAGGAGGAUGAGGUAUGGUUGCAGAUCUUUUACUCAGAACAGAACGGGCUCUUUUAUGAUCCUUACUGGACUGACAGCUUAUUUACUGGCUUCCUGAUAUACCCUGAUCAAGAUUAUCUCAAUGAAGUAUAGAAAAAGAGAUUAUCUGGUAAAGGAAAAGUAGGAAAUCCACAGGAGAGCUCUUUCCAGCAAGUAUAGCCUGUACAUGGAUACACAGGGGAUUAUCAGAUGAUUCCACAUUCUUGGAGCUAACAGCCUGUAUUGGCUAUUUGGAUAUUUAAUUGAUGUYAUCAAAUAUUCCACAGGGUUCUGGAAUCAGUAAGACUCUCUUUAAAGUAGCCUUAUGAGUCUGUAUAGCCCCAAGUUGCCUGUUAGGUUUUCUGCGGCCAUCCAAAUGUGUCAUGGAUAUGCAAUUUUAUCACUGGUGCAAAAUGUAACCUUUACUCCAAGGAAAGCUUUCUUAACUUCCCAUUCCCUUCAUCUCUGCCAGCUUUUGCUGCAUGGAGAUACUUGUGGUGCUGUUAAGAUGCUCUUCAAGGGCUUAAUACUAAAAAUAUACCCUAAGAAGAGACUUUUCUCUGUGCCAACAUAUCAAAUUUUAGAAAUACAAUAUAGAUACUGUACAAAAAAACAGCAAAACCAAAAGCUGAGGUAUUAAGAGUUGAGCUAAAACAGAAGCAUGCUGCAAAAAUAGUUUAUUAUUUCUGUGUCAGAGGAAACUCUUCUGCUCUAAAGCUGCUGAAUUAGGCCCCCUUGCUCCAGGAUGUGCAAACACACACACACACACACACACACACACAGAGAGAGAUACAGAGGUCUCUGUCUCAGUAGCCAUGCAGGAGAAGCUUCUCU